ACUUCCUCUUUGUGUCUCAGUUUGGGUAAUUUCUUUGGACCCAAUUCCUUUGGGUAAUUUUUCUGUCUUCAGAUUUACUGAAAAUUUUCUCAGCUUUGUUGUAGCAUUGCAUAUUGAAGAUGGUCUUUCAACUCUGUUACUGCAUUUUUUUAGCAUUUCCAUUUUUUUUCUUGGUGGUUCCGUCUCUUGAAGUUCCCUAUUUGUUAAUUCAUUUUGUAAAUCUUUUCCACAAAGCUUUAAUAUAUGAAUAAUAAUUUUAAAUUCCCUGUUUGAUAAUUUAACCAGUUAUGUUUUCUGCUGUUUGUUUUGUCAGUUAACAAUUGUCUUAGUCUUACCUUUUCAGAUGUUUCAUAAUGUUUGAUUGAAGCUGGGUUCUGCCAGCAUGAUCCUUUUUGCCCUUUCUGAACAGGCAAAAGGACUAGCCCAUGAGGUGGAAUUUUCUCAGUUCUGCCUUCAUAGUUCUCUGUCUUUAUCCAAAAGCUGCAGAAAAUGAAUAAAUCCCAGGGAUCAGUUUCAUUCACCGAUGUGACUGUGGACUUCACCCAGGAGGAAUGGGAGCAACUGGACCCCUCUCAGAGGAUCCUCUACAUGGACGUGAUGCUGGAGAAUUACAGCAACUUACUAUCAGUGGAGGUAUGGAAGGCUGAUGACCAGAUGGAGACGGACCACAGAAACCCAGAUGAGCAGGCGAGGCCGUUUGUAAUCUUGAAGGACCAAACCCCAACCGAAGAAAGAGAUAAUAAUCUCUUUGGAAAAACAUUUAACCUUAGCACAGACUUCGUUUCUUUAAGACAAGUACCCUAUAAAUAUGACUUAUAUGAAAAAACUUUGAGAUAUAAUUCAGACUUACUUACUAGCAAUAGAAACUAUAUAAGAAAGAAAGCAGAUGACUGUAAUGGAUUUGGAAAAACACUUUUCUAUCUGAAACAAGAGAAAACCCAUCCUGGAGUGGAAUACUUGGAAUAUAAUAAAAGUGGGAAAGCCUUCAGCCAUAAAGAAGCCAUUUUUAAACACCAGAAAAUUAGAAAUUUGGUGCAGCCUUUUAUCUGUAAUUAUUGUGACAAGGCUUUCUCGUUUAAAUCACUCCUCAUUAGUCAUAAGAGAAUACAUACUGGAGAAAAGCCUUACGAAUGUAAUGUGUGUAAGAAAACCUUCUCCCAUAAAGCAAACCUCAUUAAACAUCAGAGAAUUCAUACCGGGGAGAAACCCUUUGAAUGUCUGGAAUGUGGAAAAGCAUUCACCCACCAGUCAAACCUCAUUGUACACCAGAGAGCACACAUGGAGAAGAAGCCCUAUGAAUGCAGCGAAUGCGGCAAGACAUUUGCCCAGAAAUUUGAACUUACCACACACCAGAGAAUUCAUACUGGAGAACGACCCUAUGAGUGUAAUGAAUGUGCAAAAACCUUCUUCAAGAAGUCAAAUCUCAUUAUACACCAGAAGAUUCACACAGGGGAGAAACGCUAUGAGUGCAGUGAAUGUGGAAAAUCCUUUAUCCAGAACUCACAACUCAUUAUACACAUGAGAACUCACACUGGAGAAAAACCCUAUGAAUGCACUGAGUGUGGCAAAACUUUCAGCCAGAGGUCAACUCUUAGAUUACAUUUGCGAAUCCACACAGGAGAGAAACCAUAUGAGUGUGCUGAGUGUGGGAAAGCCUUCAGCAGGAAGUCCCGACUCAGUGUCCAUCAGAGAGUUCACACCGGGGACAGACCCUGACACUGCAGCCCACUUGUACCAAGGAGAACCCUUCCCCUGGGGAGGAACCUCACGGAGGUGCUGAAGGAACAUGGGAACUCAUGCAAUCUAUCAACACAAAUGUGUAAAAAUGGGGCCCCCUAAGAACAAUAUUGUACCAACAGUUAGGUAUGAUACCCAGGUAAACAAUAUGUACCAGAGUAUAUCCAACUGUAAAUAGACAAACUUACCUGUAUUACAGUGAGCUUUUAGAAAUCCUGAGUGAAUUAUUCAGUAAUGAAGUAUUCUGGGCAGCAUAAAGGAGCUAAAGAUAGUACUCUAUGGAUUCAGUGGUCAUGUGCAAGAAUAUGCCACACACACACACACACACACACACACACACACACACACACACACAAACACUGUAUUUUAGAUCUGUGUAUGUAAAUUUAACAGACACUGAGAGUUUGACAUUCUUGUCCUAAUUAGGACAGCUAAACACGAUUUUCCAUACUGAGCAUCACGUGUUUUUCAGUACCUUACAAUCCAGGAUGCAUUCCAGAGAGCAUACGUUUUCUCCUCUUGCGGGUACACAGUUACUGAGUUGCCUCGUCAGUCAACAGAAGACAGUGUUGUUGAAGUUUUAGCCUUCUGGGUUUGCUGAAGACUUCCCAGAAGUAUUACUGACACAUAAGUAUGCAAGUGUGAGAUAACUGAGAAAUUGAAGAGAGUGAAAAGGAGGCAGUGUGUAGCACAGAACACACGGGCUGUGUAAAGAGCAGCCGCACCCAACGUGUGCUUGUGUUUCACUGGGGUAUUUACGUACAAAUGCAUGUCUUAACCAAAAUACUGUAUAACCCAGGAACCACUUGUAUUCUGUGUUUCCUUAUUUCUCUUAAUAUUUUAUACAUUGUCUUGCAACAAAUAGGAUGUGUAUGUAGUUCAAGUGUCACAUUUCAGAGACUUAGAGAAAUAAUUUAUUUUAAGUAAUUGUCAAUAAAUGUCUUACUGCUUUUCAAAACUUCCAUGUGCAUAGUCCACUUUAGAAAUAAACUUCUGCAGAAUUCUAUUUAAA